UUAAGAGUCGGGCAGUGUACGAAGUAAAAACUACAUUUCCCAGGGGCAGCGCUGCACGUCACAGAGGAAAGACGGCGCACGCGUAGAGGGCGGGGGCCCUCCGCGCUGCGACUUAGCUCAUAAAACAGGAAAAGUGUGGUUCUGGACCUGCCGCCAAUCUUCGUGCGCAAGCGCGGUUAUUAUCCGCAGACUUUGAAAAGCAUUGAGGGAGGCGCUUGCUCCCGCCAGUCGCAGUUUCCAGCGGGACGUGCUUGCUCCAAUCGUGACUCGGUGACCCGUACACCAUGGCCCUUGUGUCUGCUGAUUCCCGCAUUGCAGAACUUCUCACCGAGCUCCAUCAGCUCAUCAAACAGACGCAGGAAGAGCGUUCGCGGAGCGAACACAACUUAGUGAACAUUCAGAAGACCCACGAGCGGAUGCAGACAGAGAACAAGAUCUCUCCCUAUUACCGGACAAAGCUGCGUGGCCUCUAUACAACCGCCAAAGCCGAUGCAGAGGCCGAGUGCAACAUCCUUAGGAAAGCCCUGGACAAGAUUGCGGAAAUCAAGUCACUGUUGGAAGAGAGGCGGAUCGCUGCCAAGAUUGCGGGCCUGUACAAUGACUCGGAGCCCCCCCGGAAGACCAUGCGAAGGGGCGUGCUGAUGACGCUGCUGCAGCAGUCGGCCAUGACCCUGCCGCUGUGGAUUGGGAAGCCCGGUGACAAGCCACCCCCGCUAUGUGGGGCCAUUCCGGCCUCCGGGGACUACGUGGCCAAGCCUGGGGACAAGGUGGCCGCCCGGGUGAAGGCCGUCGAUGGGGAUGAGCAGUGGAUCCUGGCCGAGGUGGUCAGUUACAGCCAUGCCACCAACAAGUAUGAGGUCGACGACAUCGAUGAGGAAGGCAAAGAGAGACACACCCUGAGCCGGCGGCGUAUCAUCCCACUGCCCCAGUGGAAGGCCAACCCUGAGACGGACCCUGAAGCCUUGUUCCAGAAAGAGCAGCUUGUGCUGGCCCUGUAUCCCCAGACCACGUGCUUCUACCGUGCGCUCAUCCAUACGCCCCCACAGCGGCCCCAGGAUGACUAUUCCGUCCUGUUUGAAGACACCUCCUAUGCAGAUGGCUACUCCCCUCCCCUCAACGUGGCCCAGAGGUACGUGGUGGCUUGUAAGGAGCCCAAGAAAAAGUGAAGCAGGCUGGCAGACUGGCAUCUACCUCCUGCCAUCCUCAAGCGGGAACACAACAAAAGACUGAUCAAAUAAAUAUGCCUCCCCUUUG